CAUAUCCAGGCAUCGGCCACCGUGUCUGGAAUCGCAUCUGCCGUUGCAUUUGCCGCCGUAUCUGCCGCUGCAUCCGCACUGUCCAUGUCACAUCCCUUUCUGGCCCUUGAUCUCUCUCCGCCGAUCGUGCGCUCGGAGCGAAGCUCCUCCGAAUCACGGAACCGGCCUCCAAGCACUUAUGCUGUCGACCCCAGCGGCAGCGACGACGAGCAGUCCUGUCGGCUGAGCUCUCCAUCUUGCCUACAUCCUGCUCCAACCUCGGCCGGGGUUUCGCCCAUCGCUCGCCAUCGGCAAGAUGCGCAUGUCUACCACGAUCUUCUGACCAAGAUCCACACCGCCCUCGGUCCUUCGAUCCCAAGUCCAGCAGCACCCACAUCCCACAGCAACUGGCAAGUGUCAGAUGGGCUCGCAGCGACACCGCAUCCUUCAAGCCUGUCAGCCGGGCAGCACAGUCCUGAUGGCUCGAGCAGCAGCAUCAAAAUUGAUUUGGAGGCAGCCGCCCCGUCGUUGCCGUCAUCCCGUUCGGCUAUAGCUUCGCUGCUUGAAACGAUCAAACAGGCGAUCGAAAACGACCCUCCUCCAGUGCUUCCGUCGAAUGCCCCCGACCCUCAGCCCCGCCUUGCAGCCAAGCCUCCACGCUCUUCGACCCUGAGCCAGCCGCCUGCUGCUCCAGCAAGGCAGCGGCCUCCGCUUGGGCCCUCGAACCAGCCUGGCCUCCAGGCGGCCACCCCGCCUGUGUCCAUGCCAAGGGAGAUCGACAGCCUAUUCUUAUCGCAUCUGCAAGCCACAGGGCCUCGAAUAGCGAUGCCUCGAAUCGAGUACGAGUCGUUUGUCUCUGAAGCCACCGAGGACACCCUAACUGAGCGGAGGCUCGAGGCCAUCCUGCGCAGAUACUCGGGCAAGUAGGACCAUAUCCCCACCGUCGUCGCCACCGUCGUCGCCGUCGCCGUCGCCGCACGUUGCGUCGAUGGUGGAGGAUUCAGCCCGAUGGCACCAGCAGGCGUGUGCCUGGUCGUGACUGGUUGCUUGGCCAAGGUCCUGCCGCUGCUGCCGAGACAGCGACUCUCGCAGCUCACGCAACCUGAACAUGCUGUUCCCGGACCAAAUGAGGUGGGGGCCACCGGAUCACAAUAGCGGCCGCUGCACUCCCGGCCGACUCCCACGAGAUCCCAAGACAGCCUG